UAGAUUAGAUUAGAUUAGUUAAUAGUUAUAAGAUUCUUUGCCAAAACAAAAUAAAAAAUAAAUAAAUUACUACGUAUACUGAAUUACUGAGAACGUUCCUCUCUCCCGCUCUCUCUCAUCGAAGCCCACUCGGCCACUCCACAAUCUCCAUUGAAGCAGCUUCCGGGGAGCUUUUCUAACUCCAGGGAUUCAGGAGAGAGAAUUCACAUCAAAGUUCAAAUAUGCAUUCUUUUGUAAAUAGAGCUAAUGUGCUGCUAACUCUAGCAGUCACCAUUCUUGCAAUUAUGUGCGCCGCCGCUUCUAUUUCCGACACUUUCAAUUCUCCUUCUCCUACUGCCACCAUUGAGGUGGCCAACAUUCAUAAAUUUCAGAAAGUCUCCAGUGGCAAUGACGAGAUUGCCAUGGUGCUGAAUAUUUCAGCCGAUCUCCAGUCAUUGUUUACUUGGAAUACAAAGCAGGUGUUUGUUUUUGUUGCUGCUGAAUAUGAAACCAAAAAACAUGUACUGAAUCAGCUUUCACUCUGGGAUACGAUCAUAGAAUCAAAAGAAAAGGCAAAAUUUUCAGUUAGUAUCUCAAACAAGUAUCGAUUUACUGAUCAGGGGAGCAAUUUGCGAGGCAAGGAGUUCAACUUGACAUUGCACUGGCAUGUCAUGCCCAAGACUGGAAAGAUGUUUGCUGACAAAAUUGUGCUGUCAGGAUACCGCUUGCCGGAGCAAUACAAAAGAUGAUACACCUAUAGAUCUCUUGGAGUUAAGACUUAAGGUUGAAGUUUAAGGAUGUUAACAACUUAACAUCACAUGUUUAGUCGAAACAUUAGUUGAAAAGUGAAAAAGUAAAGCUUUGGCUACUUGCUGUCCCAAAAAAAAAAAAACCUUCAAAAUUUCCAUUUUUAAAUAUACUCAUAUUUUUUUGAUUUUUUAAAGCAGACCUGUUUAGCUACUGGACUAAGACCUCAUGAAAAUCUAACACUCUGAGAUUGGUCUGAGCACCGUUCAAUGCUGCCAAUGCAUGCUUAGCAGCAGCUAUUACUGUCACAAUGAAUGAUAUAAGAAAUAUAACUUUGGGUAUGACCAUGACUAAGAAGCAUGGCUACAAAUUUUA